AGUGCGGCGCGGGCGCCGGCUCUGCACAGCAGCGGACGCCCCGGGCCUCGAGGGCGCGAGGGUCGCUCCGCCGCCCGCCGCCCAGGCAGAGCUCUCAAUCCCAUCACUGUAAAGCUCUGAGGAGAUCCACAAUCCAGACACCAGGAGUUGUGUUCAGGGCAUUGGCAGAUGGGCAUCAGUGUCAGUUACUAACCAACAAGAUGGAGACCACAGCCUUGAAUUCUCAGAAGGCGCUAUCGGUGUGUAAGGGCAGAGAGGAUUGUCAAGAAAACAGUCUUUUACAGAAGAGUGUUCCCGCGCCGGGCGACAGAGCAGAAUCUGGCCAGAUAUCCAAUGGGUACUCAGCAGUUCCCAGCUCUAGCACAGGGGAUGACACUGAGCGUUCAGUCCCAGCUGCCACUACCACCCUAGUAGCGGAAGCAUAUCAAGGGGAACGGGAGACCUGGGGCAAGAAGAUAGAUUUUCUCCUCUCGGUCAUCGGCUACGCUGUGGACCUGGGCAACAUCUGGCGCUUUCCCUACGUGUGUUACCAAAAUGGUGGAGGAGCAUUCCUCCUCCCCUACACCAUCAUGGCCAUAUUUGGAGGGAUCCCACUCUUUUAUAUGGAGCUUGCAUUGGGCCAGUAUCACCGAAAUGGAUGCAUUUCUAUAUGGAGGAAAAUCUGCCCAAUUUUCAAAGGGAUUGGCUAUGCCAUCUGCAUCAUUGCCUUUUACAUUGCCUCCUACUACAACACCAUCAUGGCCUGGGCACUCUACUACCUCAUCUCCUCCUUCACGGACCGGCUGCCCUGGACCAGCUGCAGGAACUCCUGGAACACUGGCAACUGCACCAACUACUUCUCCGAGGACAACAUCACUUGGACACUCCACUCCACGUCUCCUGCUGAAGAAUUUUAUAUGCGCCACAUUCUACAGAUCCACCGGGCUAAGGGACUCCAGGACAUGGGGGGCAUCAGUUGGCAGCUUACCCUCUGCAUCAUGCUUAUCUUUACCAUUAUAUACUUCAGCAUCUGGAAAGGUGUCAAAACAUCUGGCAAGGUGGUGUGGGUGACAGCUACCUUUCCUUAUAUCGUCCUUUCUAUACUGCUGGUGAGGGGGGCAACACUCCCAGGAGCAUGGAAAGGUGUGCUCUUCUACUUGAAACCCAACUGGCAGAAACUCCUGGAGACAGGGGUGUGGAUCGAUGCUGCUGCUCAGAUAUUCUUCUCUCUUGGUCCAGGCUUCGGGGUCCUCCUGGCCUUUGCCAGCUAUAACAAAUUCAACAACAACUGUUACCAAGAUGCCCUGGUGACCAGUGUGGUGAACUGCAUGACAAGCUUCCUUUCGGGAUUUGUCAUCUUCACGGUGCUGGGGUACAUGGCUGAGAUGAGGAACGAAGAUGUGUCCGAGGUGGCCAAAGAUGCAGGCCCCAGCCUCCUCUUCAUCACAUAUGCAGAAGCCAUAGCCAAUAUGCCAGCAGCCACAUUUUUUGCCAUCAUCUUCUUCCUCAUGUUAAUCACCCUGGGUUUGGACAGCACAUUUGCAGGCUUGGAGGGGGUGAUCACAGCUGUACUGGAUGAGUUUCCACACAUCUGGGCCAGGCGUCGAGAGUGGUUCGUGCUUGCUGUGGUCAUAACUUGUUUCUUUGGAUCCUUGACCACCUUGACUUUUGGAGGAGCCUAUGUGGUGAAACUGCUGGAGGAAUACGCUACGGGGCCUGCGGUGCUAACAGUUGUGCUUAUAGAAGCCAUCGCGGUGUCUUGGUUCUAUGGGGUCACUCAGUUCUGCAGUGAUGUGGAGGAGAUGCUCGGCUUCAGCCCUGGAUGGUUCUGGAGGGUCUGCUGGGUAGCCAUCAGCCCUGUGCUCCUCCUGUUCAUCAUCUGCAGUUUUCUGAUGAUCCCGCCCCAGCUGCGACUUUUCCAAUACAGUUAUCCCCACUGGAGUGUCAUCCUGGGUUACUGCAUAGGAACUUCCUCUAUUAUCUGCAUCCCCGCAUAUAUAACUUAUCGGCUGAUCAGCACUCCAGGGACACUGAAGGAGCGCAUUAUUAAAAGUAUCACUCCAGAAACACCAACAGAGAUUCCUUGUGGGGACAUCCGCUUGAACGCUGUGUAACACACUGCAGUGGGAGCCGGCUUCCCAGCCCUCUAGCUCUGACAAAUCCCGCCUCACCUCUUCCCUCUCAGUGAAUGAGUUUCCAGCCUGCCUAAUGGCGAAAGGAUCUUCGUGGAGACACAGAGCCAAAAGUCUGCUGCCCAGACUUGCUGCCUCCAUUAAGUCUCUGGGACAUUAUUACUACAUUGGACUAUGAUACAACUGAACUGGCCUGUUUUGAGUGUGUGAAGGUGUGUAUGGAGGUGAUGAAAACUGCCCCCUCACUGACUAGCUUAGGUUUAGAAUCAAGUUCGUGACUGUUUCCUGUGUCUUUUUUUUUGGGGGGGGUAUAAUUGUUAUCUGAUAUCUGUUUGCCUCUAAAGGCUUCACUGUUCAUGAAUGCAUUAAACAUUAGAAGAAAAUGGGAUGUUGUCUUGCUCGCCAUAUAUUUUCUGAAUAGCAUAGAAUUCUAUUGCUUGACUCUACUAGAACCUUCUUACCCAUGUGCUUCUGUGGGUCAGGAAAAGAUGAUGUAAGAAGCUCAACUGAAAAAUAAUGUGUAUAUGUGAGCAUUUGUGUCUGUGUAUAUUGUUAUGUCUGUUUAUUCUUAUUUGUACUCCAACACUUUGGCCCCAUUAU